GCCUGAGGAUGAAGCUGAGCCCGCCACAUUGGCCCCUGUCCUGCCUUUUUGUGCUGCUGCCUUGGCGUCUGGCCUCUCCACUGUCAACGACCUCGUGGCAGUGCCCACCUGGGAAGGAGCCCAACCUGGACCUGGGGCAGGGCACAUUGUGCAGGUCCUGUCCCCCUGGCACUUUCUCUGCUUCAUGGGGCCCCGGCCCGUGCCAGGCCCACUCCCGCUGCAGCCCUCGAGGGAGGCUGGAGGCCCAGGCAGGCACAGCGACUCAAGACACACUAUGUGGAGACUGCCAGCCUGGGUGGGUUGCCACUUCGGGGGUCCCCCAUGUCCCCUGUCAGCCAUGCUCCUGGACACCUCUGGGUACUCGCAGCUGCUCUGAGCGGGGACGGCGGGCCCGACGUGGCGUGGAGGUAGCAGCAGGGGCCACCCGCGCUGGGGACACGCGGCGGCCUGGGAAUGGCACCCGGGCCGGCGGCCCCGAGGAGACGGCGGCCCAGUACGCGGUCAUUGCCAUCGUGCCUGUCUUCUGCCUCAUGGGGCUGCUGGGCAUCCUGGUGUGUAACCUGCUCAAGCGGAAGGGCUACCACUGCACGGCCCACAAGGAGGUCGGGCCCGGCCCUGGAGGUGGAGGCAGCGGGAUCAACCCCCCCUACAGGGCUGAAGAUGCCAACGAGGACACCAUUGGGGUCCUGGUCCGCCUGAUCACAGAGAAGAAAGAGAAUGCUGCGGCCCUGGAGGAGCUGCUGAAGGAGUAUCACAGCAAACAGCUGGUGCAGACCAGCCACAGGCCUGUGCCCAGGCUGCCGCCGGGCCCCCCCAGCACGCCACACAUCUGCCCGCAUCGCCACCACCUCCACACCGUGCAGGGCCUGGCCUCGCUCUCCGGCCCCUGCUGCUCCCGCUGUAGCCAGAAGAAGUGGCCUGAGGUGCUGCUGUCCCCUGAGGCCGCAGCUGCUGCUGCCCCCACUCCCCGACUCCUGCCCAACCCGGCCAGGGCUCCCAAGGCGGGGGCCAAGGCAGGACGCCAGGGCGAGAUCACCAUCUUGUCUGUGGGCAGGUUCCGAGUGGCCCGAAUUCCGGAGCAGCGGUCAAGUUCAGCAGCCUCUGAGGUGAAGACUAUCACGGAGGCUGGGCCCUCGGGGGGUGACCUCCCUGAUUCCCCACAACCCGGUCUCCCCACUGAGCAGCGGGCCCUGCUGGCAAGUGGUGGAAGCCAUGCUAAGUGGCUGAAGCCCCCGGCAGAGAACAAGGCUGAGGAGAACCGCUACGUGGUCCGGCUAAGUGAGAGCAACCUGGUUAUCUGAUGGUCUGCCUCAGCUGAGGACACUGCGGCCCUGUCCUGGGAGGUUCUGAAGGCUUCCUGGAGGAGGUAGAGCUGCAGCUGGGCCCAUAAGGAUCAAGAAGCAAUGGUCCAGCAGACAGAAGAGCAAAGGCCAAGGCCUGGAGGUGGGAGUGUCUGCCCCCGUGCAGAGGCCAGUGCUGGUGGGUGCUGCGUGCAGGAGCAGGUUGAGAGCCCCUCUCCUGCCCCUGUGCCCUGCCCUGA